UUGCUAUCCUCAGCACUCUACGCCCAAGUUGAUCCACGUCCCAGAUACCCACGACCAACUCCGAAAAUGGGUGGCGCAAACCGCGAAGGUGGCAAGGCCAAGCCUCUCAAGGCCGCGAAGAAGCAGAACAAGGACCUCGACGAGGACGACAUGGCCUACCUCGAGAAGAAGCGCGCUGAGGAGAAGGCUCGCAAGGAGAUGGCCUCCAAGGCCGGCGGCAAGGGACCUCUGAACACGGGCGCCCAGGGCAUCAAGAAGAGCGGCAAGAAAUAA